CUUGGGUCCUGUAGCAGCUACAUCCUGAUCUGCAAGGAGGCUGCUUGUCCUCGGCUGUGCAAGGUGCCUAAGAGGAAGAAAACCCCCCUCGGGCGCCAUGUGGCGGCAGUCCCAGCUUCUCUUCCUGCUGUGUCUGGUUCUGUCCGGCGGCUCUGCUGACAAGUUUACAGAUGAUGAAGAGGAGGAUGGCUGCACAUUAAUAGAUGCUCUCCCGUACGUGGUCGUGGGAGGAGCUGCUCUGAUGUACGCGGGACCAGCCCUGCUGGCUACAUUGGGGUUCCAGGCCACCGGCAUAGCAGCCAACUCCGUGGGUUCCUGGCUGAUGAGCUGGUCUGCCAUAAGUUCAGGAGGCGGCGUGCCUGCAGGGGGAGUCGUGGCCACGCUCCAGAGCCUCGGGGCUCAAGCAGGCAGCGUGGCCUGGGGGUCAGUCGGCUCCAAGCUGGGCUACACCGUCCACCAGAACUUCAUCUGCGGCAAGAAGCAGAAAUCCAAGAAGCUGUAAUCCCCCUCCCCCCGCAGCUCUCCUCUCGCCGGCUGUCGGGAAAGCUACCUCUGGGCUCGCCAUACCGAGCCUGGGCAUAGGCGUAGUUUGACUUCUGUAUUUGGGGGAAGGGGUUUGAUGUAAUUCUCCAGGGGUUUGCUCUAAUCCCUACUGAAAUCAAUAGGUGUGUUUGGCCAGGUCUACACUACCCAUGUACUGCGGUAUAACUACGUCACGCGGGUGUGAAAAAUCCACACGCCUGAGCAACAAAGCUAUACCAACCCCAGCCCCCCGGGCAAUCUGGGUGUGGGAGCUCGGUGGGGUGUCUGGAUGCAGGAGAGAUCUGGAUGCAGAGGGGCUUGUUGGGGGAUUCCAG